UAGGAAACCACAUUUUUCUCAUAUUUUUACGCCGACGAAGAUUUUUUAGGUAGAAAUGGGCGAGCGUUCAAGUAUACUUACCAUCAUUUACUCAAUUCAUCGAGUUGUUCAAAUUCACAGGUAUAUGUAGGCGAUUAUGCGGUAAAAAUCCAUAAAACACGCCAACUCAGGUACCUACCUACCUAGCUUUACCCCUUUUUACGUUAGAAGCACCUAAAUAAGCCGCUAGGCCUAGGUCUUUUAGGUACAUGAUGAGGCUUGCCGGGGACUAAAAGAGUCUACGUCAUUGUCCGUGACGCUGCCAAGUUUCUGCUUACCCGUCGGUGCCGUUUCCGACGUUAAACCAAGACAUUCCAGCAAACAACAAUCCUGCAUAUAAAGUCGACUGAGUCUUGCAUUUAGAUGAUAGACACACUUCAAUAUUCAAUGGCUCUUAGAUGCAAACCGGGAUAAGUAAUAUCAACCAUGCCGGAGUCAUUACAAGUAGCUCUCAAGAAUAGCAGUGAUUCGGACCAGAUCUACGCCUACAUCACCGGGAUAGCUCUCCAGCAUGGUGGUCAACGAUGCAUUCUCAAGGCCGACGGGCAAGGUCUUUAUUUCCCGGAAAAUCCACCAGCGAUCGGCUCACCCUUGACAGAAGAUUGCGCUAUUCCUCUCGGACCACCAGGAAACACCGUUACGGUGACCAUACCGCAAAUGGCCGGGGGCAGGGUAUGGUUCUCGCGAAACAGCAAACUUACUUUCCUACUCAACCCCGGGCCGGCCCUAGUCGAGCCCAGCGUCCUUAACCCAACCGAUCCCAACGCAGACGUUGAUUUCGGUUUCUGCGAAUUCACGCUCAACGACGCACAGCUGUACGCGAACAUCAGCUACGUGGACUUUGUACCUCGUCUCCCGAUCGCCAUGUCCCUAGAACAAGCCAGCGGCGAGAUCCAAUCCGUCGCCGGCAUGGCCCCGGACGGCAUAGACCGCCUCGCAGACGCGCUGCGCGAGCAAGCCAAAACGGACAACCAGCCCUGGGAUAAACUCGUCGUCUCGCGCGACGGCAAAGUCCUACGGGUCCUCAACGCGACGCACGGGAACGCCGUCGACGCCGGCUUCGACGGGUACUUCGAGGCGUACGUGGAGCAGGUGUGGGCGCACUUCCUGGCAAAGCAGGAGCGCGGGGAGGUGUUAAGGAUAGACACGCAGGCCGCGCCGGGGAUCCUCGAGGCGGAGUUCUCGCGCGAUGCCGGGGUCCGCGUCGGGGAGGAGACGUUCGAUAAGCCGAGCACGGCGGAUAUCCUGGGCUGCAACACGGGGCCGUUCGUCACGGGGCCGUCGCAGACCCGUAACGCGAUCAUCCCCCGCCUGGCGGCUGCGUUCGCGCGCUCGGCGCUGCUGCUCGCGGAUGAUCACCCGUCGCCCCCGCACACGUUCUACGCUACGGACACGACGAACCAUUACGCUCGCCUGGUGCAUGUGCAUAAUGUUGAUGGUAAGGGGUAUGCGUUCGCGUACGAUGAUGUGCAGCCGGAUGGUGGCGAUGAUCAGUCUGGGAAGGUGAAUGCUGGUGAUCCGGUCUUGUUUACGGUGACGGUUGGUGGUAUGGAGGCGCGGUAGGGAAGUGUUGGGGUUUUCUAGGGGAUGUGUUUAGAGGCGUAAUUUGGUAGGGUAUUGGGCACGUUGGACUCGGAUUCACAGGAUGGG